CCGACAUCACCUCACGAGGGGAACCCGCCGCCGUCGGCAACCCAUCUUCUCGGUCCGCCGCCGGCGACUUCCCAGCGCGUCCCCGCAUCGCUGCCAGGAGAGGUGUUCUGGCGGGGAGGGUUUUCGAAUCCGACCUUUCUUCCCUCUUCCACCUGACUCCUGACCUACCAACGCGGCUCUAAAUCUCCCGGCAGCUUCCGCCGUGCCGUAGCUUUACCCCCACCACCGUCACCGCCGCCGAAGCCUCAGCGCCCCCGCCCCUUACGCGCUUCUUUUCCAUCGGUCUUCAUCAUCGGAACAUCGCGCCGGCGCGCAAUCUUGGGCCACUUGGUUUUGAGCAGGUGGAAGACAUAGUAUUAAAUAAAGGUGGGGUGCUGGUAAUAUUUCAUAGAAUGGAAUCACUGUGGAAGCUGUCCUACUUGCUUGAGCCUGCGUCGCUUGCCCUCAUCGCGACGGCUGUUUCGGUUGUCUAUGCAUCAGCAGCGCGUGCUCUGGACCAUGGCAAGGAGAUGGAGAGGAACUUGGACUUCUCGGAGGCGUCCAUCACACUGGACCGAUCCCAGGCUCUCAUGAUCCCACUUGCAAGCUCAUGCAGCCUGCUGCUGAUGUUCUAUCUGUUCUCAUCUGUAUCGCACCUCGUCACCGCCUUUACCGCCGUAGCCUCUGUGAUGGCGCUUUUCUUCUGCCUGUCUCCGUACAUUGCCUAUGCCAAGUCACGGCUCAAUCUAAUGGAUCCUUUCGUGUCGAGGUGCUGUUCCAAGUCAUUUACCCGAUUGCAAGGGUUGCUGCUGAUGUUCUGUAUAAGCACAAUGGCAGUGUGGCUGGUAACAGGCCAUUGGUUGCUGAAUAACGCACUUGGGAUUUCCAUAUGCAUAGCAUUUGUCAGCCAUGUGAGGCUGCCCAACAUAAAGAUCUGCUCGUUGCUUCUAGUCUGCCUGUUUGUCUAUGAUGUUUUCUGGGUCUUCUUCUCGGAGAGGUUUUUCGGAGCAAAUGUUAUGGUCUCUGUUGCCACUCAGAAAGCAUCUAACCCAGUCCACACAGUAGCUGACAAGCUCAGCCUGCCUGGGCUGCAGCUGAUUACAAAGAAGAUUGAGCUUCCGGUGAAGCUUGUGUUCCCUAGGAAUUUGUUGGGUGGGAUUCUUCCAGGAAGCACUCCUGGUGACUACAUGAUGCUUGGCCUUGGAGACAUGGCCAUUCCUGGGAUGCUUCUAGCUCUUGUACUCUCUUUCGAUCACCGGAAGAGCAAAGACAUGGCUGUUGCUUCAGACAUGUCUCCCUCCAAACGUCGGAAAUAUGUAUGGUAUGCGCUAACAGGUUAUGGUGUUGGCUUGGUGACCGCAUUGGCAGCUGGGAUCUUGUCUCAGUCUCCCCAGCCUGCUCUACUCUACCUGGUGCCCUCGACGCUUGGGCCUGUUGUGUACGUGUCAUGGUUGAGGAAUGAUCUUUGGGAGCUGUGGGAAGGAUCGGACGCAAUUGUGAAUGACAAAGCUCAUUUGCUGGAGGUCUGAGAUGGCUCAACGUGGCCAUAAAAUAUAGAAAAGCCUCCUGCGAUGUAAUCUGACUGAAGAAUAUGUUCAAGAGAAUAUUUAUAAGAUAGAUAGGCCUUUUACCUUGCUGCUCUCGCAAGAGGAAACAGUAUGUACCAAUUGGCUGUCAUGUGAAUUGUUAUUUAUAUUUGGUGAACUGUUCGAAUCCCUAA